UGUGUACGUAAGAUGAACGAAUGCCAAAGAAGUGGUAGAAGAGAAGCGACUGUCAAGUUAAAAAGCAAUGUAAAGUUGGAGGAAAAAAUGACUGCCUCCGUCGAUUCCUCGUCACGUAGAAUUUGGUUCUAGAGUGGGUGAUUGUCCGGUGCCAGACAAGUGAAAAGUGAUUUUGUUUUUUUAAACAACUGUCCGCCGCGUAGAUCUACGGUCGUGGCGAAUAUUAACCGACGAAAGAGAACCCAAAUCAGGAUAGGAAAAAAUGUUUGAAGGUGAUUUACGUCCGGAACACAACGAAGGCAAAUUCUGUCGACUUUGCUUUAACAAAUCCAACGAUUUGUGUCCGCUGUUUCCACCAGCCAGCAUUCCGAACAAAGCUCUACUUCAUAAAAUUUUUGACUGUACCACCAUAACGCUAAGUUUUCGAGAUGACCACAAUGCCCAAAUUUGUUCCAGCUGCAUUAUCAGCGUUGAAGCCUUCUUUAAGUACAAAAUCAAAUGCGUCGAAAAUGAUAAAUUGCUGCGGAAACGGAGAACAAACUUCUUCUCUGGACUUGGUCUCACUGCAGACCCGGCUUCAGUUCGGGCUAGUGGGAUAUUGGAUGAUGAGGAAAAACAGUUGAAAAAAUCGGAACCAGACACUAAACCAGACGAGACCGAUAACUGUACAGUUAAACAGGAAGUAAUCGACGAAGAUGACGACGGAGGAUUUUUCAACCCAGAUCAAUUUCUCGCACAGGAAACACAAAUCGGCGACAAGCAAAUCGAUCAAUCUUUACUGAAUGGAAGCGAUCAAAAUAAUUUCGGGUCUGGCAAUACUGGCUUUGAACGAGCCUGGCGAACGACAGAGUUUUCCCCUCAACCCGGUAGUUCUGGGUUAAAACCACUAAAAAUUACGGACUACUCGAAUCUAACCGGCAAACGUGGCCGACCUCAGAAAUUUAUUACGACCGUUCCGACGGAGCGGCUUCUUGCCCGCCCCGCUCUGCACAUUAAUCCAUUCCAUACUUCGUCCCCAUUACCGCCCCAAGCUCGUGGCUUCGAAAGUGCCUAUCGCCAGCACCUGAACCUGAGCAACGGCGGAAAACCUCCUGUUCAUCCGCCAAUGGCUUUGGGCAGUCGAUACGAUCCCUUCUCGGUGACUACCGUGGAACAGACGAGAAAGGUUCAAAAGUUCCUCGACGAUGGCCUGCGGGAUCUGAUACUGAAUGCUGGCUCACCAAAUCCGAAUUUCGCCUUGGACGGUGGCUACACGAACUUCAAGGUGGUUAAGGCGCGCUGCAAUUCAUACAAUCUGAUUUUCGAGGCGAACCGUUUUCUGCGACGUAACAAAUCUUGCAGCGGUUUACCCAAAUGGUACUGGGCGUGCAGCAUUAAUGGAUGUCCAGUUAAGAUUUGUAGCUACAAGGGUCGGUUGUUCAAAACCAACGACAAAAUUAAUCACAUUCAUUCUCCAACGGAGACGGACGACAACCAGCAUGAGGCAAUUCUGCCAGAACACGCGGACGAGAUGCUAAUGCAACAUGAGCAGCAGCAGCAGCAGUCACCGACUGUUUCACCACAUCCACAAUUGCGACCGCAACUUAUAAGGCCGAUCCGCGAAUCGCCUGUGCCUGUAAAAGACGAAAGUUUGUCCGAGUCUGUUAAAGAAGAGGAACUCCUCAAAGAGACAGAGCCGUAUAAGAUUGUGAAAGGCGAAGACGAUGAGGGAGAGAGCCUAAUCUACAAAGAUCAUAAGCACAAAUUAACAAAGAUUGAAAAGGAUGGUGUGAAAGUAUGGCAGUGUACUAGUAACAGUGAUGAAAAUGGCGAGAAAUGCACCGAAAUUAUCUAUCAAAUGGAAAACGGAAGGAUUAAGGUGGAAAAGAGCAUCAAAAACGAACGAUUAAGCGAUGCAGAAGAAGAAGUAGCAAAUGAGGAUGAGGCUGAUGGAGGAAAGCGGAAAAGCCGUGCUCCGAAGGUAGCUCUUUACGAGGGCUAUCAAUAUAAAUAUUGUCAUGCCAGGCCGGAGGGAUCGUUGUACUGGAGAUGUAUCAUGAAACAGGACAACAAUUGCUUGGCUUCCCUGCACACGAAAGCGUCAUUCGAAUUCAUCAGCUUCAAUGAUCAGGCACACAAUCAUGAUCCACCGGAUCCGACAGUUCAUCCUGAAAAUGCAAUUCUAUGUAACGUGAUAGCACCACAAAAGGUUCCAACGAAUCCUCCAGCAGGUUCGACGGAUUUCCAGCUUGUAAAGAGCGGGCAAAAGCGAGAGUUCUUGAUCUAUCAAGGAUAUCGUUAUUAUUUCCAAUAUGAGUCCAAGAACGGCAAACGCUCUUAUCGGUGUACAAUGUUCCGCAACUGUCCAGCGGGGGCAUUUUUGAUGCCGGAUAACACAAUUGCAGAGGCUAAAAAUUUUGUUCAUACUCAUCCUCCAACGGAAAACUUGGAGAAAUACGUAACCAAGGAUAGUUUAAUAACGAGCCCCAUCAAAGACGCCGACGGUCAGCCAAGCCGACAGCAGCGAACUGUUGCCGAAAGCGGUCAAUUCCCUAUGCUAUCUGAUCCCGUUGCUAGCGCUAGUAGUAACGAAGAUGUUGCUCGUGCGAAUGGUUAUAAAAUUAUUCUGAAUUACAAAAACAAAGAAAUUCUUAUUUACAACGGCUGGCGGUAUUUUGUGGAUUAUAAAAAGAAAAAUGGUGGACAAGUCUGGCGCUGUUCAUCGCAUCGGCUCUGUCGUGGUGCCGUACAUCUUUUCCCGGAUGGUUCGAUUAACUUCGUUAAACUUGUCGAUCACAAUCAUAUGCCUCCGAAGCGAAGCCUCAGUACCCCUAAUACCACGAUGGACUCUACCAGAAUGGGUGACAGCUUGAAUAACAGCAGUUUUGGUAGUGGGUUAUUGCCAGAGGCUUCGGUCAACGCGUAUGCUCCUCCGUACCAUCGAUUUAUCACACACAACGGCCAUCGGUUCCGCUUCGCAACGCGGAAGCGCGAGGGUACGAUUUACUGGCGUUGCGCCAUGAGGCUAGAUACCAAGUGUCCGGUCUCAUUUCACACUAAGGAGGAUACGUACGAAUUAGUGAGCAUGAGAAAUCACGAUCACAAUCACGAAAUACCAGCGGUGUGGCCAGAGGUUGCUGGAGGUCAAAUUGACGAAGAGCUUCCCACGGUGAAACUGCCCCAGGAGGAAAUAGGAACAUCUGACUAUAUUUUGGCAAAAAAUUCGAAAGGUCGAGAUGUGAUACUGUACCAGAAUGGCCGGUACUAUCUAGAUUACUCGAGGAAAGACGGAAAGGUCGUCUUUCGGUGCUCAUCAGUUGCGGGUUGUCGUGCUACGGUCUUCUUGUUACCCAAUAAGACAUUGCAGGUAAACCACGAUCUGGUGCAUACUCACGGCACAACAUCAUUGAUGAACAACCUACUGAAUCAAUCCCAUGAAAACAUUCUCGAUCAAAGUGGAGAUGUCAAGUCGGACGACGAAGUCCAACUUGUUGCCCCUCCGGAUCCACUCAGUAUAGAUAUGGAUCAAUCAAUUGAUCCAGUAUCCUCCUCGUCGUCGCCUCAACUCCCCAAAUUUAUUGUUCAUCAUGGCUAUCACUAUAAAUUUGUCUCAAAUAAUAUGAAUGAUCAGACAGCGUUCUGGCGAUGCUCGAAUCUUGAAGCCAAAAUGAAUUGCCAGACAUCGUUGUAUACAACACUCAGCGGCCAGGUGAUACGUACUAAUAAUGUCAUGCAUAACCAUAAGGCAGAAGAUUACCACAAUGCUUUCGCAAACAAUAGCCUAGCGAAAAGGAAAAACCUCAUUGGAUCACGUGAUUAUAAAAUCGUGAAAAAUUGGAAAAAUCGUGACGUGCUGGUAUUCCAACAAUGUCGAUACUUCUUGCACUACGUUCGAAAGGAUGGCCGAAAGGUGUGGCGUUGCUCUGCGAUUCGAAGUUGUCACGCUGCAGUGUAUUUAGGCGCAGAUGGUCGUGUUGACCAGGUUAAAGGAGAACAUGUACACGACGUGCGACAAGAGGGUGAACCUAGAAGGAGACGUGCGAGAAAGCCACACCUUGAACUGACGCCACCGGUUGGCACUCCUGGUGGAAAUGGAUCCAUACAUCCUGGAAAUGGAAACGAAUGGAUUGACUACAGUGACUAUGGCAUGCAAAUUAAUAGCAGUACCGAUAACAAUUCACUGUGGGAUAAUUUCAAUCCACACCAGAUGGCUGCCGGAAUGGCAGGAGAUAAUGGGGGAAAUUUUGACUUUAGUUAUCAUUCGGUAUUCGGUAGUCAGCCUAGCUUUGGAGAUAGUUUUGGGAUGCUAACGGAUGGGGCAGAUACAACCGGACUAGAUGAUGAUGAUGAGGGUCUUCCACUGGAACCCGAUGUCAGCUUCCACGAGAACGAUUCCUAUGAAAAUUUGCAAAAUGAACAAGAUCUCGUGCCAUUGGUACAGAUGGAUAGUGUUGAGUAAUUAUUUUAUUUUAAAUUAAAACAAUCGUUUUCAAAGGGUUGAAUAUUUAACACCUGUUUUAAAGAAAGAAGCCUAGUUUGUACUUGUGUCGUCCCGCAAAUUUACCUGAACAAAAAUAUUUUUUGCGAACCUUUUUGUUUACUGGAAUUGUUAAUAAGAUUCAACUUCUAAACAAGAAAAAAAAGUAUUCUUUUUUCAGAAAUGUCACAUGUUAAGACAUUUUAUAAAUCAAUUGAGAGAAUAACGUGAAUAUAGCGUUAAGCAGGUAACACAGUAGAAGAGAAUAUGUUGAUUGGUUUGAUAUCGCUGGUAACACGUGCAGCUAAAUCAGAGAAGGAAACAAAGUUUACAUGUUUCACUGUUUGGGUGACGUAGAGAGCUAAAGAACAUAUUAUUCCUAUAUAUUAUUUUAGUUUGUAAAAGUCGUUUCAAUUAUUUUUCCAAACCCACGAAAACACUCGACGUAAAUAAACCAGCACUUACUAAAAAUUGAAAAUAAAAAGGAACUGCAAUUUUACAAACCCCCUUUCCACGUUUAAGUACUACAUUAUUCAUAUGAUGCAAAUAUAUUAAUAAAAUUA